ACUGUGGAUAGACAAUACAACAAUAUACUACAAUUCCAGAGUGUUGAGUGAAUGUUUUGGAGGCAAGAAAAGGAAGUUAGUGUUUGCAAAAUUGUUGGGAAGGGUUGAUGCUGGUGCAACUUUGGGAGGGAGACACUUCAACACACUCUGCUUGUGUUGAUGCAAAACCCAAACACUCCCUCUCUUUCCGACAAAUGGGCCAUCCUUCUCCAAUCCGCAAUCAAAUCCCGAGACCCAUUCCUGGGAAGAUGCAUUCACGCUCCAAUCAUCAAACACGGCCUUUGCCUUGGCGUCUUCUUGAUGAACAACCUCCUCAAUUUCUACUCCAAAACCGGGUUCUUCUCCGAUGCCCACCGCUUGUUCCAUGAAAUGCCCCUUAAGACCACCUUCUCAUGGAACACCAUUCUCUCCAUGCACGUUAAGGGUGGUCACUUGGACUCUGCACGACAACUGUUUGACGAAAUUCCCAACCCAGAUUCCGUGUCUUGGACCACCAUGAUUGUGGGGUAUAACCACUUGGGUCUUUUCAAUACCGCUAUUAACACGUUUCUCCGCAUGGUUUCCUCUGGAAUUUCUCCUACCCAAUUCACAUUUACCAAUGUUCUGGCCUCAUGUUCUGCAAAGAAAGCCCUGAAUGUUGGAAAUAAGGUUCAUUCCUUUGUUGUUAAACAGGGGCUAUCUGGGGUUGUUCCUGUGGCAAAUUCACUGCUUAACAUGUAUGCAAAGUGUGGUGAUUCUGUUAUGGCAAAGGUUGUUUUUGAGAGGAUGAGGCUGAAGGACAAAUCAACUUGGAAUACUAUGAUUUCAAUGCACAUGCAGUUCGGUCGACUUGACCUUGCACUUUCACUCUUUGAUCAAAUGAGUGAUCCGGAUAUUGUCUCUUGGAAUUCCAUCAUCACAGGGUACUGUCAUCAGGGACAUGAUAUCAAAGCCCUGGAAACCUUUUCUUCUAUGCUUAAGAGUUCAUCUCUGAAUCCGGAUAAGUUCACUUUGGCAAGUGUGCUGUCAGCUUGUGCAAAUCUCGAAAGCUUGAAACUUGGGAAACAAAUUCAUGCACAUAUUGUAAGAGUUGAUAUUGACACUGCCGGGCCAGUGGGGAAUGCUCUGGUUUCAAUGUAUGCAAAGUCGGGUGCUGUUGAAAUUGCUCGAAGGAUUGUACAGCUAACUGGAACUUCGAGUCUUAAUGUUAUAGCAUUCACAUCACUGUUGGAUGGCUAUGUCAAAAUUGGGGAUAUAAACCCUGCAAGAGAGAUAUUUGAUUCACUGAAGUGUCCUGAUGUAGUUGCAUGGACUGCCAUGAUUGUUGGUUAUGCACAGAAUGGCUUAAUUAGCAACGCUUUGGCUCUCUUUAGGUCGAUGAUAAGAGAAGGUCCAAAGCCAAACAGUUAUACUUUGGCAGCACUAUUAAGUGUCUUCUCAAGCUUGGCUUCUCUGGAUCACGGUAAGCAGCUUCAUGCAGUUGCUAUGAGAUUGGAAGAAGCAUCAUCAAUUUCUGUGGGUAAUGCUUUAAUUACCAUGUACUCAAGAUCUGGUAGCAUCAAAGAUGCUAGGAAAGUAUUCAAUCAGAUCUGCUCCUACAGGGAUACAUUGACUUGGACUUCCAUGAUUUUGGCUCUAGCUCAACAUGGACUUGGAAAUGUGGCCAUAGAACUGUUUGAAAAGAUGUUGAAAAUUAACUUAAAGCCCGAUCACAUUACUUAUGUUAGUGUGUUGUCUGCUUGCACACAUGUGGGAUUGGUAGAACAGGGUAAACGUUACUUUAAUUUGAUGACAAAUGUUCAUAACAUUGAACCCACCUCUAGCCACUACGCAUGCAUGAUUGACCUUCUUGGGCGUGCUGGAUUGCUUGAAGAAGCAUAUAAUUUUAUUACAAAUAUGCCCAUCGAACCAGAUGUGGUGGCCUGGGGUUCACUUUUGUCUUCUUGUAGGGUUUAUAAAAAUGUUGAUUUGGCUAAAGUAGCAGCUGAAAAGUUGCUUUUUAUUGAUCCCAACAAUAGUGGGGCUUACUCGGCACUUGCUAAUACACUUUCAGCCUGCGGUAAAUGGGAGGAUGCUGCUAAGGUUAGGAAGUCAAUGAAGGACAGAGCAGUAAAGAAAGAACAAGGAUUCAGUUGGGUGCAAAUCCAGAACAAAGUCCAUACUUUUGGAGUUGACGAUGCACUUCACCCCCAAAGAGAUGCAAUCUACCGUAUGAUUUCAAAAAUAUGGAAUGAGAUCAAGAAAAUGGGCUUUAUUCCUGACACCAAUUCUGUGUUGCAUGACCUGGAACAAGAAGUGAAAGAACAAAUCCUUAGACAUCACAGUGAAAAACUUGCUAUUGCAUUUGCAUUAAUAAAUACUCCAGAGUAUUCUACACUGAGGAUUAUGAAGAACCUUAGAGUUUGUAAUGACUGCCACACUGCCAUAAAAUACAUCUCUAAGCUUGUGAAAAGAGAAAUUAUAGUUAGAGAUGCAACCCGAUUUCAUCAUUUCAAGGAUGGUUCUUGCUCUUGUCAGGAUUACUGGUAGAAGAAAGAAACAGUUACAUUUGGUGUAGACUACAAUUUGACCAGCGGUUUACUAGCACAUUCAACUGAAAGCAUAAAUUUCUCAUUACUUUCUAUCCAUAUUGGUGUGGCUCUGGCCACGAGCCAAAAUACAUACGUUCUGCGUUUUCUAUAGUUUUGACGACAAAAGAAUAUUUAUGAUUGUGACACAAUCAAGAUUGCAGAAGCCUCAUUACCAAAGUGGACAUUUUCAGCAACUUGGGAUUUGAAUCAACCACUUCGUUAAUUCAGUGACACUCAUGCUUGUCUUUAAAGGUUUAACUUCUAGGUGUACGUAAAAUUGAUAACUCAUUGAUUGAUACCGCUUUAGUCAGGAAGUGAUAACAUUAUUCUGCUUCAGUUUAGUUUCAAUUUAAUUUUUAACUUUCUAGUGAUAUUCAUUGAUAUCUUAUGCCUGAAACUGUGGUAGAUUUACAUGAUUUUAUUGUAAACCUUAUUACUGUAGUUUGUUUUACUAUAAAUAAACUGUGCCCUUGUGUAGUAAUUUUAGUACAAUU